AUGGCUGCCACCGCCAACACCAUUUUCCCCAAGAGCCAUGUCGGCUUCGACAGCAUCACUUCUCAAAUCGAGAAGAAGCUCCUGAAGCGCGGCUUUCAAUUCAAUGUCAUCUGCGUCGGCCAGACGGGUUUGGGCAAGUCGACUUUGAUCAACACCAUAUUCGCUUCGCACCUCAUCGACUCCAAGGGCCGUCUGCAACCUGAUGAGGCCAUUCGUUCCACCACCGAGAUUCAGAGCGUGUCUCACAUCAUUGAGGAGAAUGGCGUCCGAUUGAGGCUCAACAUUGUUGACACCCCAGGCUACGGCGAUCUCGUCAACAAUGACCGCUGCUGGGAUCCCAUUGUCAAGUACAUCAAAGACCAGCACUCUGCCUACCUGCGAAAGGAGCUCACCGCCCAGCGAGAGCGCUACAUCCAGGAUACUCGCAUUCACUGCUGCCUGUUCUUCAUCCAACCUUCUGGGCACUCGUUGAAGCCCAUUGAUAUUGUCGUUCUGAAGAAGCUUUCCGACGUGGUCAAUGUCGUUCCCGUCAUCGCCAAGGCAGACUCUCUGACCGUCGAGGAGCGUCAAGCUUUCAAGGAGCGCAUCAAGGAGGAGUUUGCUUUCCACAACCUCAAAAUGUAUCCCUAUGACAAUGAGGAGUUUGACGACGAGGAACGCUCCCUGAAUGGUCAAAUCAAGGGUCUUGUUCCCUUUGCCGUCGUCGGUUCCGAAAAGUCCAUCAUGAUUGAUGGGAAGCAAGUCCGCGGUCGCCAAAAUCGAUGGGGUGUCAUCAACGUUGAGGACGAAAACCACUGCGAAUUCGUUUACUUGCGCAACUUUCUUCUCCGAACCCACCUGCAGGACCUUAUCGAGACAACGUCUCAGAUUCACUACGAGACGUUCCGCGCCAAGCAGCUUUUGGCCCUCAAGGAAAGCAGUGCGCACGUCGGUGGUGCUAGCAGCAGACCCAUCAGCCCUGCUGCUGACCGAGAAUUGAGCCGCAACUCGCAACGAAUGGCCAUGAACGGCUAUUAG